AUGCCGGCAUACCUAUUUAAUUCUUAUAUAUGUUUCUUAUUGUUUUAUUAUAUUUUCUUUUUCACAGUGCUGCGACGUCGAAGUAGUGGUCCCUCAGAACCGGCCGAUCCAUCUUCAGCCUCUACAUAUACCCCUGUCAGUUCUGUUUAUCUUCAGCGUCAACCUCAAUAUGUACAGAGUUUCGUUUCGCAUAUGGAAAGCAAGUAUCGAUUUCUUGUAUUUUUUAAAUUUUUUUUAUGUUUGGUUAAUUUCCAGAUGUUUUAUAUUUUGCAUUAUCUUUUUCCAAGAGCUGAAAUGGCCUUUAGUGUUUUAAGUAUUUUUACUGAUCUUGUGCUUCAGUUUUCUAAAAUUCUUUUGCUUUUAUUUAGGAAGAUGCUAUAUCAGCGAGUAUUUGAAUAUUCUGCUCCACUUUAUCAUCCUUCUCAUGGAAGAUUUAUAUUUCGUGAAGUAAAUCGGUGGAAAGACUCGUCGAAUCCUUGGAAAGAUAGUUAUUCCCAGUUGUGUAGAGGAGUGCAUGUUCGAUUACGCACUAAUCAAACUUAUGGACAGAAAGGAUUCUCUUCAGUGGAAUUUGAAACAGUAGAAAAGGCUUUACUUUAUCUUGAAAAUAAUCCGAUGAGGGAGAAAUUGAUUAUUCUUCAUAGCGGGAUAUAUUAUCCGGAUCCAGUUGUUAUACAAUCACCUAUUCAAAUUAUUGGAGCAGGUCCGUAUCCAAAUGAUCCAACUAAUGUUAUAAUCGUAAAUAAGUCAGAAACAACUAUAUUGUAUACAACGGGAUCAUCCGGUGCUUAUCUUGGUUACAUCACGGUACAAUAUGAACCGGACCAACCUAAUUUAGGUGCAUCUCACCAGCAUCUAUACUAUGCCAUCGCUAUAUCAGAUGGUGCUUGUCCUACAAUUGAGAAAUGCUGUUUUUCCUCUUCUAGUCUUGGCGGAGCUACUGUAUGUGUCAAAAAAAUUGGCACAAAUCCUCGUUUUAAGCAUUCGAAAGUUUGUAAUUCAAAUAACGUUGGCAUUUACAUAACAGAUGGCGCUUUGGGUAUGUUUGAAGAUUGCGAAAUUGCUCAAAAUACACUGGCUGGAAUUUGGGUAAAAAAUCGCGCAAAUCCUUUUUUUAAACGUUGCCACAUUCAUCAUGGACGCGAUGUUGGAGUUUUCACUUUCGAAUAUGGCAUGGGUCAUUUCGAUCGAUGCAAUAUUCACAGUAAUCGCAUUUCUGGUAUUGAAGUCAAGAAUCAAGCUAAUCCUACAGUGUCUCGCUGUGAAAUCCAUCACGGUUUAACGGGUGGAAUUUAUGUGCAUGAGAAAGGGCGUGGUCAAUUUCUGGAAAAUCGUAUAUAUAAUAAUGCAUUUGCUGGCAUAUGGAUAACGUCUCAUUCCGAUCCGACAGUACGUAAAAAUGAAAUAUAUAAUGGCUCUCAAGGUGGUGUUUAUAUUUUUGGUGAAGGACGGGGUCUUAUCGAACAAAAUAACAUUUAUCAGAAUAAUCUGGCGGGCAUCCAAAUUCGAACUGGAUCAGAUCCAAUUGUUCGCUGCAAUAAAAUUCACAACGGUCAUCACGGAGGUAUUUACGUGCACGAAAAAGGGAAGGGCCUUAUCGUAGAAAAUGAGGUAUUUGGAAAUGCUCUAGCUGGGAUUUGGGUAACCACAGGAUCGUCACCAAUUCUAAGAAAAAAUCGCAUACAUUCUGGCAAGCAAGUUGGUGUAUAUUUUUAUGACAAUGGUCAUGGCUUGUUAGAGGAAAACGAUAUUUUCAAUCAUUUGUACUCAGGUGUGCAAAUUCGUACGGGUUCCAAUCCAAAAAUCACACACAAUAAAAUUUGGGGUGGACAAAAUGGUGGUAUUCUUGUAUACAAUGGUGGCAAAGGUGUUCUGGAAGACAAUGAAAUAUUCGAUAAUGCUAUGGCUGGCGUAUGGAUCAAAACGGAAAGUAAUCCGAUAUUACGGAGAAAUAAAAUCUACGGUGGUCGCGAUGGUGGCGUGUGUAUUUUUAACAAGGGUCGUGGCCUACUUGAAGACAAUGAAAUCUAUAAUAAUGCGCAAGCUGGAGUCCUUAUCUCUACUGAAUCAAAUCCGAUUCUCCGUAAUAAUCGGAUUUUUAAAGGUCGCGCAGCUGGCGUCGAGAUAACAAACGGUGCAACAGCGACUUUAGAAAGCAAUCAGAUAUUUCAAAAUGAAUUUGGAGGCCUUUGUCUCGCCACAGACGUACGACCCGUUCUUCGAGAAAAUGCUAUUUUUGAUAACCAUAAUGCUGUUGAGAAAGCUGUUAGCAGAGGGCACUGUCUUUUUAAAAUCAGUUCUUGCACUUCAUUUCCAAUGCAUGAUUUCUACAGGUGUGUUACAUGCAACACGACAGAACGUAAUGCAAUUUGUGUUAAUUGUAUUAAACACUGUCACAAGAACCAUGAUGUUGCUUUUGUGCGAUAUGAUCGAUUCUUCUGUGAUUGUGGUGCAGGGACUCUUGAAAGGCAGUGUUCUUUGCAACCGGAAACUCGAGAUAAUGAUACGGUCUAUGAUUCAGCAACCCCAACUAAUUCUGAAACCUCUUAA